GAACAAGCAGAAAUUCAGUGUGGAGUCAUAGUGGACAAAGAUUUGAGGGGACAAAAUUGUUUUAUAACCAAAACAGGAUUAUUUUUGGCUUUCCUCAGAGAUUUAUUAGUUGUCCAUUUUAAUGCGGACAAUGUGGAAGCUGAGGCUGGUGCUGCACGCCCUCAUGGGUGUAAUGGUUUUUGACCUAUUCCCAAAUCUUGAAGCUCAGGAUGCAUUGGCUGUUGGAAGAAGAGAUAUAAUUUUCCUCAUUGACAGUAGUAUGGGUACAACCCUUGUCGGUGCAGUGCGAGAAUUCAUCAGAAAGUUUAUUGACAGCAUGCCAAUUGGCCCUGAUCAGGUGCAGGUCGGAGUGGCCAUGUUCUCCACUACCCCGAAGAUGGAGAUCAACUUUAACUCAUUCGACUCAAAAGAAUCCCUACUCUCAGCCCUUGACAGAAUAAAACCCAGACCUUCAUCUGAAGUCAACAUUGGUGCUGCUCUGGAUUUUGUAAGGACCGACAUGCUCAGACUUGAGAGUGGGAGCCGAAUUCAACAAAGAGUGCCACAGCUUGUUCUGCUACUGACCAGUAAAAAAUCUAAAGACAGUGUCCAGCAGUCAGCUGAAGCUCUUCGGCAGAUGGGUGUUCUGACUUUGGCUGUGGGCUCCAGGUCUGCUGAUGAGGAUGAGCUCAAACAUAUAGCUUUUGAUGAAAGUCAGGUUUUCAUGCUCAAGGAUUUCAGGAUUUUGACACGCAACCCUCAAAAAAUAUUCUCCUCUCUCUCUACGUUAUCUGCUGUUAUUGAAUCAGAGACUCCGACUGAAACAGCAUUGGCUGUUGGAAGAAGAGAUAUAAUUUUCCUCAUUGACAGUAGUUUGGGUACAACCCUUGUCGGUGCAGUGCGAGAAUUCAUCAGAAAGUUUAUUGACAGCAUGACAAUUGGCCCUGAUCAGGUGCAGGUCGGAGUGGCCAUGUUCUCCACUACCCCGAAGAUGGAGAUCAACUUCAACUCAUUCAACUCAAAAGAAUCCCUACUCUCAGCCCUUGACAGAAUAAAACCCAGACCUUCAUCUGAAGUCAACAUUGGUGCUGCUCUGGAUUUUGUAAGGACCGACAUGCUCAGACUUGAGAGUGGGAGCCGUAUUCAACAAAGAGUGCCACAGCUUGUUAUGCUACUGACCAGUAAAAAAUCUAAAGACAAUGUCCAGCAGUCAGCUGAAGCUCUUCGGCAGAUGGGUGUUCUGACUUUGGCUGCAGGCUCCAGGUCUGCUGAUGAGGAUGAGCUUAAACAUAUAGCUUUUGAUGAAAGUCAGGUUUUCAUGCUCAAGGAUUUCAGGAUUUUGACACGCAACCCUCAAAAAAUAUUCUCCUCUCUCUCUACGUUAUCUGCUGUUAUUGAAUCAGAGACUCCGACUGAAACAGCAUUGGCUGUUGGAAGAAGAGAUAUAAUUUUCCUCAUUGACAGUAGUAUGGGUACAACCCUUGUCGGUGCAGUGCGAGAAUUCAUCAGAAAGUUUAUUGACAGCAUGCCAAUUGGCCCUGAUCAGGUGCAGGUCGGAGUGGCCAUGUUCAGCACUACCCCGAAGAUGGAGAUCAACUUUAACUCAUUCGACUCAAAAGAAUCCCUACUCUCAGCCCUUGACAGAAUAAAACCCAGACCUUCAUCUGAAGUCAACAUUGGUGCUGCUCUGGAUUUUGUAAGGACCGACAUGCUCAGACCUGAGAGUGGGAGCCGUAUUCAACAAAGAGUGCCACAGCUUGUUCUGCUACUGACCAGUAAAAAAUCUAAAGACAGUGUCCAGCAGUCAGCUAAUGCAAUUCGGCAGAUGGGUGUUCUGACUUUGGCUGCGGGCUCCAGGUCUGCUGAUGAGGCUGAGCUCAAACAAAUAGCUUUUGAUGAAAGUCAGGUUUUCAUGCUCAAGGAUUUCAGGAUUUUGACACGCAACCCCCAAAAAAUAUUCUUCUCUCUCUCUACGUUAUCUGCUGUUAUUGAAUCAGAGACUCCGACUGAAACAGCAUUUGCUGUUGGAAGGAGAGAUAUUAUUUUCCUCAUUGACAGUAGUAUGGGCACAACCAUUAUCAAUGCAGUGCGAGAAUUCAUCAGAAAGUUUAUUGACAGCAUGCCAAUUGGCCCUGAUCAGGUGCAGGUCGGAGUGGCCAUGUUCUCCAGUUCCCCGAAGAUGGAGAUCAACUUCAACUCAUUCGACUCAAAAGAAUCCCUAAUAUCAGCCCUUCUUAGAAUAAAACCCAGACCUUCAUCUGAAGUCAACAUUGGUGCUGCUUUGGAUUUUGUAAGGACCGACAUGCUCAGACCUGAGAGUGGGAGCCGUAUUCAACAAAGAGUGCCACAGCUUGUUCUGCUACUGACCAGUAAAAAAUCUAAAGACAGUGUCCAGCAGUCAGCUGAAGCUCUUCGGCAGAUGGGUGUUCUGACUUUGGCUGCCGGCUCCAGGUCUGCUGAUGAGGCUGAGCUCAAACAAAUAGCUUUUGAUGAAAGUCUGACUUUCCUGCUCAAGGACUUCAGGAUAUUGACACGCAACCCCCAAAAAAUAGUCUCCUCUCUCUCUACGUUAUCUGCUGUUAUUGAAUCAAAGAUACCGAAUGAAAAAGGUCCAGUUGUGGAUGUCACUACAGUCCAAGCCCAAAAAGUUGUCAGAGACAUUCUCUUUGUGGUGGAUGGAUCCAGCUAUGUUGGAAAUGCCAACAUAAAGUAUGUCCAGGACUUCAUCUCUGGAGUGGUGAACAGACUAGACGUACAACCUGAGAGAGUACGCAUCGCCCUGAUGCAGUUUGAUGAGGGACAGCGUACAGAGUUUUAUUUUAACACGCACAAGACCAAACAGGACGUGCUCUCUAGCAUUGCUCAGCUUAGUCUGAUGGGAGGACGUGCAUUAAACACUGGUGCUGCCCUACAGUACGCACUAAGCAACCAUUUCCAGGCAUCAGCUGGGUCUCGUAAGAGGCCGGGGAUCCAGCAGGUACUGGUGCUGAUAACAGGAGGUCCCUCUCAAUUUGAGGCCAAGAGUCUCGCAGACCGAGUAGCUCUCGCUGGAGUUUUGACUUUUGCUGUUGGAGCUGGCCAGGUGGAAGAGAGUUUCCUGAAAACGGUUGCUUUUGAAAAAGAUUUGGCGUACUACAGAAGAAGUUUUACUGAAUUGUCAAGCAUUAUUGAAGAGAUCUUGACACCUCUGGUCAAUGUUGUUGGGAAGACUUAAACAGAACCUACGGAGGGAGUUUUCAGACAUCUGUACACUGAACAACAUGUUCAUCGAGGGCAGCAUUGUCACAAACAAAAGGAUCCACAAGGCCACAUGUGUGUCUCCAGACCACACCACGGAAAACCAAAUAAACCACCUGUGUAUCUCGAAAUCAUUCAGAAGAUCAAUCCAAGAUGUCCGAGUGAAGAUGGGUGCCGAUGCAGCAACAGAUCACCAUCUAUAAGUUGCCAAACUGAAAAUGAAGCUAAAAAGAACUUCACAGACACACAAGCCAAAAGACAGAAAUUCAAUAUUGGUUUCCUGGAAGAUCCAACGAUCCAGAAAGACUACAUGCUCAUGUUGACAAAUUAGUUCCAAGUGUUGCAUGAUGAGGAAACAGACAUCCACACCAUGUGGAAAGGAGUAAAACAUAUCCUAAUAGGACCAAAGAAGCCUAAACCGAAAGAUUGGAUGACAGUAGGCAUCAUGAGGAAGAUAAAAGUGAGAAAACUGAAGCUCUCAACAUUAGCCGCACAAGAGCAACAAAGGUAGCAACACAAGCUAAAUACACAGAAGCCCACAAAGUGGUAAAGAAAAGGGUGAGGAUCGACAAAGAGAGAUAUAUUGACAACCUAGCAGAGGUUGCAGAGAAAGCUGCAGCAAUAGGCAACAUGCAACAACUUUAAGACAAUACCAGGUAUAUACAGUAGACAAGAAAGACCAGUCAAUGAUAAGGAGGGACAGGCCAUCAUGGGGAUAGAGAAGCAACUGAACAGGUGGUCAGAACAUUUUGAAGAGAUGCUGAACAGACCAGCACGUGCAAACACCCCGCCCACCUUAUAUCUCCUGGCAAAUGACUGGAUCCUGAAGAAGACAACAACAGGGAAGAGAAAUGGAAUUCAGUGGACACUUGGGAACCAGCUCAAUGACCUGGAUUGUGGGAAUGACAUUGCCUUACUCUCACACAGUCGCCAUCAGAUGCAAGAGAAAACAUCAGACCUCUCAACUGUCUCAGCCAAACUUGGCCUUAGGAUAUACAUUCUGAAAAUCCCCAGCAGGACAAUCCUGCUUCCUGUACAACAAGAAAUCAGGAAGAGAAAGUGGAGAUGGAUAGGGCACACCAUGCAAAAACCAAGUACAAGCAUCACCAGACAGCCCCUGACGUGGAAUUCACAAGGAAAGAGAAAAAGGGGGAGACCUUAAACACUUGGAGAAUAGACUUGGAGGCAGAUACCACAGAGAUGGGGCACCCCUGGAAAGAGCUGGAAAAAAUCGCCAAGGACCACAAACACUGCAGAGAAAAGUUUUCGGUGGCCUAUAAUCCGAGAGGAAGGAAUAGGAUUAAUAAGAAUUGUUUUUUAUCGCAAAUCGUGUAUAGUGUCAAAAGCUCUGUCUAAGUUUAGUAAUAUAGUAGAAUACUGUUAUAUGCUCACGUCGCAUAUGAACACCAUAUCAAUAAGUAACUGGUUGUUAUCUCUUUAUAUAAAAAGUGUAAUGAUAGUUAAACCCUACAGAGUGGGGACAGUGGCCUACUGGUGCUUCAUAUUAAAUAGUUAUUUUUCAAAUGUUUUAAUUUUUGUAGAAUUGUCUUAUGAAAUGAAUGCAUUUGUGAUAGCAUGUUUUAAACUUUAUUUGUGUAACAAGCACCUUGCGAAUACCCUUCUUAUGUAACGUGUAAUGUUUUACAGUAAACGCCAUUAACGAGUAGGCUUUUAUAUGCAAGUAUACUUUUUGAGCCUAUAUAUUAUGACAUCAUCGCAUUUGUGUGUAUGUAAACAUUUUGCAAUGUUGGCUGUGUAAAAGCACUGUGGAUUAUCUAAUAAUGAAGGCUGAAUACUGGUAAAGUAAGCCAAUCAGUUACUGAUCAACAUUGUAUCAAUAUAAAAUAAUUAAUAAUUGGCAA